AUGACGCAGACGAAACAUGGAACCUUUGAUCAUUAUCUCGUCGGUUUGUCGGAUGCCAAAGCAGCUUUGUUUGCUGAAGCCGGUAUCACCGAUUGGACUACCAUUGCGUCGUUGGACCUUCCUGCAUUCACACAAGUGUUGGGAGACCAGGUUGGGACACUGCCAAAGCGAUACAAACUGAAGCGUGUGGCUGAGUACCUCAGCAGCGGUAAGGAAAUCGGUCCCGAUACGACGAUGGGAGAUAUCAACCUUGUGUUGUUGUCUAACCAUCAGAAUGUUGGAGCAAAUGCUCCGAACCCGGCUGCUGGACUCGACCCUCGCCACGGAACAAUGAAAGCGAGUAUUAACACAAUCUCAAAGUUUUCAGGUGAUCUGGAAGAUUUUGAAGACUGGUCAACAAAACCGCAACGGCUCUCGGAAUCACCAAACAAUGAGCUCUAUCACAUGUUUGUGAUUGCUCUUGUGGAUGGUGCCACAAUGCAUAUCAUGGAAGACGUGAAGGACCAGAACGGAUACGCCGCGUGGAUGGCUAUCAAGGAAUGGUAUGGUAUAUUGGAUACCGGUCGGACAAUCAUCAACAAGUAUCAUAGCAAGCUGGAUGAGCUACUGCUUGAUGAUGCGACCCCAGCCGGGACCUUUGUCAACCAUUUCAAGAGAUUCAGCCAGAAGCUCAAAGAGAAUGGUGAGGGUUAUACGGCGGAUACAAAACGACAUCAGUUUCUCGACAAGAUCAUUGACAAAGACUACAAUGUGCAAGUCCUCAUGAAGGACUCCACAUUGUCGGCCAAGAAAGCUAGACGGUUCAAGUCGAGCGAGGGCGGCAAGUCGAAUGGUGGAGGUCCGUCAAGUGGGAAAAUUCCUUCGAUUCCGAACUCUAUACUUAACCUGGUCAAGCCAGCAAGUGCUCGCAAGAAUCUAAUCAAGUGGAAAGGAGUUUGGAACUCCGAAGGGCGUAUUCUUCGAUUGGACAAACUGGCAAGCACUGAGUAUGACAGGAAAGGUAAAACCCCGUUGAAAAGAGAGCACAAUAAUGACAGUUCCGACAAAUCCGUCAAGACCCGCAACACCCAAGGCAAGGGGGGCUCCUUGUCCAAGAAGGGCAAGAGAGGCAAGGGGAGGCGAAUCACCGGUGUUGUCCGUCGAACGGAAACGAAGACAUCCGGCACGCCUGACUCCUCCAUCCGGAUCAGUAUGAAGGAUCCGGACGACCACGUCGAAGGUGAUGAGUAUAACGAUGUCGAAAUUGAGUCCGGUCAAGAGGAAGAUUCUACUGCACCUGUGAAGAAAGAACGGGCGAAAAAGCAGAAGAAUCCGUCGAAGCGGAAGCACAAGCGUGCCAAGUCUCGUCAAAGCCCUAUCUCCCGCCGCGGACGCGUAGGCAACAAGAAACCAAGAGCUAUCCUAGACCCAGGGACUGAGUGCAACAUUGUUGGCGGGGACGUAUGUGUUAAUAAUUCCAUUGGGCCUACUAAAUCUUUCCCAUUCCGCUGUGACAAGACUGAUAUUCUCCCAAUCCGUUGUGACAAGAUUGAUAGUACCAAAGAACCUAUCACGGUUACAUACAGAGCUUUAACGUCCUACGAACGUUCUAGUCUUCCCGUUUACAUUUCAAACAAGUCAUCGCCAUAUGAAACAGUCAUUGGCGAUUCAGCUGCAUCAUACAAACUCAAUCACGAUUCUCAAACUAGUCAUAAAUCUUAUUAG